UUUGACUAGAUUUCCAUUUAAAUAAGCUGCAGAGGUCUGAGAGCUAAUGUUUUGGUCCAUUCAUUGAUCGUUUAGCUCUUGGUACUAAUCUGUUUGAGCCUAUUCAUGACGUUCCUGACAAAUGACUGAAUAUUUUUUCCUUUUUUCAAUCAGUGGAGCAUGAACAAACUCAGAGAAGGACGUUUACCAACUGGAUCAAUGCUCAGCUUUCUAAGAGAAGCCCACCUUCGCGCAUGUCCGACUUGUUUUUGGACCUCAGAGAUGGUUCCAAGCUGCUCGACCUGCUGGAGGUGAUGAGCGGUCAGUCGCUGCCAAGACAAAGAGGUCGAGGGGUUUUCCAGCAGAGAACCAAUAUUGAGACAGCCCUGAACUUUCUGAAGAAGAAAUCUAUCAAGCUGGUAAAUAUAAACAUCUCCGACAUCAUUGAAGGGCGGCCAUCCAUCAUACUAGGCCUCAUAUGGACCAUUAUUCUCCACUGUCAUAUCGAUGAACUGGCCAGUGCUCUCUCCUUCAGCUCUCGUCAUUCUUCUCUCGACUCCUUGGCUAGCCUGGACUCUUGGUCCGACAGCCCGAUCUCGGGCAGUCCAGUCCCUGCAGGUCGGACCUCUCCUCUUCAUAGACGCUUCCGUAUUUCUGCCAAGAAGGCCCUGCUGAUGUGGGUCAGGGACCAAUGCCAGAAAGUUCAGUGCUCCAUCAGCGUGAAGGACUUCAAGGCAAGCUGGAGGAGCGGAGAGGCCUUCCUAGCUAUCCUGUGCUCUCUCAGACCACAACUGCUUGAUCUUACACUAGUGAAGACCAGGAGCAACCUGGAGAACCUGGAAGAAGCUUUUCACCUGGCUGAGAAGGAGCUACAUAUCCCUCGCCUGCUAGAGCCACAAGAUGUUGAUGUGAAAGAUCCUGAUGAGAAAUCCAUCAUGACUUACGUGGCACAGUUCCUCCAGUACUCCAGUGACAUGCCAGGGCCUGAUGACCAUCUGCAGCUCUUCCCUCAGCUUCCCUCCUCUUUCUCAACUGACAGCUCACCUGCUCACAUCACUCCAGCAGUCGCAGUCUCCUCAUUACGUCAGGUACCUUUGAACCAGCGCGUGCAGGAAGUGAUCUGCUGGCUGCAGCAGGCCACUCAGGAACUGUCAGAAUCCUGGACAGCUGCAGUGGGAUCCAGUUAUGCAGAGAAGUAUCAGGUGUUUAAGAGGUUUGCUAAUUCUGCUGAGCAAAGAAGAACCGUGAUGAGUCUUUUUGCUGCAACAAAACGCAAUGUUGAGCUGAGACAGGAGCAGCUCACGCUGAAGACAGCGUGGGAUCAUUUGGAGGAAGAGUUGGGGAAGUACAAAGCAGACCUGGAUCAGAGUCUUCCCCAUCCUCUAGACUCAGUUGUUGUGUGGCUACAGCGAGGAGAGGCGGAGCUGCAGAAAGAUGGGGAAGCAUCAACAAAUCACGCAGAAGCUGCAAGAGAAGCAAGAGUGCGACAAGACAAACUGAAGACUUUGACUGAGGAAAUCAGUCAUUACAACAAGAUUUUGGAAUCCUUCAAGAACACAGAUUCUUCUGGAAAUCUAGUCGUUCCUCCUGAAAAGCUUGAUGAGCUAAAAAAUCGAUUAACCAACGUCAGAGUUACAGCUAAAUAUGAUGGAAUCAAGGUGGAAUUCCGGGAAUCCCUGCACACCGUCCUGGACCUCCUGAAUCACAUUGGUGCUAAAGUUCAGGCCUGGAAAGGUCCAUAUGGAUCUGAGAAGUCCGUUCAUGUUCUGUUGCUAGACUGGCAUUUGCGCGACAAGGUCUCCACUUGA